CCGACCCACCAGCACCAUCAUGCAUAUCAUGGAGGUGAGAAGAACCAGCUGGAUAGUUCUGAUGCUGCAGGUGCAGCAGAGGCGACACCUGGUGAGAGCGGCACAUCCUCCACGCAGCGUCGCACCAGCAGCACGGAUAAAUUGCCACACAAGGAGAAGAAAGGUCUGAUGGGCACGCUGCGACGGCGGCUGAGCCUGCGUAAGAAACGCUCCUACUCCUUCACCGGAUACGACAAAGAGGCUCCCGAGCGCGGCGGCGCGCGCGGCGGUGGCACGCUCCCUAGGCAGACAUCCGUCGACAACAAGUCCGUCACGCUGCGUCUCGUAUCGCCGGCGAAGAGCGACAGUCAUUUGGACGUACAAGACGGAGGCCACGGCGGGGACGCGAUCAGUAUCGGGUCCGGCAACACGUUCAUGAGUGACCAGUCUACCCUCAUCAUCGAGACGACCGAGAAAGACAAGUCUCACAAGUACUAUCUGAUCCCUCACACUGUUGCUAGGAGCGGUCUCAACAAGCUGAACAUCAAGGGCAACAAGUUCCACAUGUUCAACAACCACAUGUUCUCCGCCUCACACGUCGCAGGUGGCACUGCCUGCCAGGCUUGUGGCAUGCUGAUUCCAAGGAAGUUUGGACGUCAGGGAUACGUGUGCAGAGAUUGCAUGAUGGUUGUGCAUAAGCCGUGUCACUGCAGACUGUCAACUGAACUGACAUGUCCGAAGGCUAGCUUUCCGCAGUUAGAGAUGAUUCAUCUGG